UGUGGUAUUUAGUUUAAAAAACAUAGAAAAGAACUGCUCCAGCAAGUUUGAAGCAUUGUGAAAACACUGCUUUAAUGCAGUGCAGUAAGAGAGACAGAAAUUACUGCAUGAUAAAAUUUGAAAAUUUUUUCAAUACAUAGCACAAACAUCAACAAAACACCAAUUACUAUUAUUAAUUAUGAUUUUUUCAGACCAGUGAAGUAUAUAUCUCUUUUUAAGAUAAGUAGAUAAGUAAUUAGUUUUUUAAUCAGAAACAAGACAAAUACAGUGUGUUCAAUAUUUUUUAAAAACUGUUAAUGAAUGAGUUUCAGUCGCGCAACCAACCCAACACCAAUCACAAGAAGCAAGUAACUCGACUAACUUUUGUUAUGGGGAGCUAUUCCCAGCUUUUACCUAAUCUAUAGUGAAAUUUCUUUAAACAUAUUAAAUCCCUAAAUUCUUGGUACACGAUUGAUGAUGACUUUUUUUAAUUUUGAUUAAUAUAAAAAAAAGUGGAAUUAUAUCUUCAAAUUAGAAAUGCAAGAAAAAGUUCUUCUUCACCAUUCUUUAUUCAUGGGUAAAUCUGCCACUUACAAUUCUCAAUCUUGCUGUCCUUUUAAAUUUCCGAGAAAGCAUUAGAUUACCCAGGGCCCAAUCUUUUUGGAGAAAACAAGAAAACAUGGAGUACGUGCAGCAUGUGAAUGCUGUAAGACAGCAACAGAUCCUUUGCUGUCAAUGUGGUACUCCAACUCCACCAAACCCUUCAAACAUCUGCAUUGCUUGUAUCCGAACUCAAGUUGAUAUUACAGAAGGAAUACAAAAACAAGCCUACUUGCAAUUUUGUAAAUCAUGUGAAAGGUAUUUACAGCCACCGAAUUAUUGGGUAUCCUGUGAAUUAGAAUCAAAGGAAUUGCUUGCACUAUGUUUGAAGAGGCUGAAAGGACUUGCAAAGACACAUUUGGUUGAUGCUGGUUUUGUAUGGACUGAACCUCAUUCGAAAAGAAUAAAAGUAAAACUUACAAUCCAACAAGAAGUCCUUAACUCGACCAAACUGCAACAAACCUUUGUUGUGGAUUUUAUUGUGCAAGGUCAAAUGUGCGAUGACUGCCAUCGACGAGAAGCAAAAGACUUUUGGAAAGCUGUUGUGCAAAUAAGACAAAAGGCUUCACAUAAAAAGACUUUUUAUUACCUUGAGCAAUUGAUCAUAAAACACAAUAUACACUCAAACUGUUUAAACAUAAACCAAGUUCAUGAGGGCCUAGAUUUUUAUUAUUCCAACAAGCAACAUUCAAGACGAAUGGUUGAUUUUCUAAACACUGUUGUACCAUGCAGAAUGAAGACAUCAGAAAGACUCAUCUCCCAUGAUAUUCACAAUAAUAGUUAUAACUACAAAAAUACAUUUUCAGUUGAACUGGCAUCAGUUUGCAAAAAUGAUAUUGUUUGUCUGCCAAUCAAAGUUGCAAGAUCACUUGGAAAUAUAAGCCAAAUCUCUGUUUGUUACAAAGUAACAAGUAAUCUACACCUUGUGGAUCCUUUCACUGGAAAAACUGCUGAACUUACUACUGCUGCUUACUGGAGAAAUCCUUUCAGUUCACUUUGUGGACUAAAACAACUUGCAGAGUUUACAGUUUUGGAUGUGGAGAAGAACAGAGAUACUUUGAAAUCAAAGUUUUGCCAAGCAGAUGUUUACUUGAUGCGAAAUAAUGAUAUGUCUGGUUCUGAUGCUCAAUUUCACUGUCGUACACAUCUAGGACAUCUGUUAUCUGCUGGUGACACUGUCAUAGGGUAUGAUUUUACAACAACCAAUUUGAACGACCCAAAUUUAGAGUUAAUUAAGAAAGACAACAUACCAGAUGUGGUGUUAGUGAAAAAAGUGUAUGGUGACAAGAAAAAGAGGAGUAGGAAAAGAAAUUGGAAGCUGAAAUCGCUUCCAAUGGAAAAAGCGCAUAAGGAUGACUAUGAUGAGUUUUUGGAAGAUUUGGAGGAAGAUCGUGAAUACAGAUCUGUAAUCAAUAUCUACAGAGAUCGUGCCAAGGUAAAUGCCAGUGAAAGUGAUAUUGAAGAUGCUCCAACUGUUGGGUUAGAGGAAAUGUUGGAUGAUUUACAAAUCGAAGAUCAAGAGAUGAACAGUGACGAAGAUUAAGUUUGUUUUCACGAACGUAUUAAUUAAUGUACACCAGCAAAUGUAUCAAUGCAUGUACAUCAAAUGUUAUUUUGUGCAAGAUAUAUAUUUUAAUUAGCAAACUAAAUUGUAUUUUGCUAAUUAUUUAAUUCAAAUUUUGCGUACUGAAUAAAUAUAUAUUUUGCUUCUAAA